AUGGGAAUGCAACCGACCCCAGUUACUCGUACGAGUACAAGUUCGUCACUGCGUGGGAUGAUGAACACUCUCAAGUCAAAAGCCCAAGUCGAAGCUCGCGCUUUGGCAAAGACAGUGAAACAGUACCAAAAUGAGCACAGCCAUGGAGCCCAGUCUCAGAAUCAUGGUGGCCAAUACCAAUCUUAUGGAGCUGCGCCUGAUGGCAGUCCCUACGCGAGCCCAGGCGGGCAGACCUACCAGUAUAACCCCGGUGCACAACCCUCAACCCCUCAGGCUCAGUUUCAAGCUCCUUUGCAGCAGCCAACGACACAAACUUACCAGUAUCAAUAUCCAGGCGCAGUGCAGUCACCUAUCACUCAACCGACGGGCCCGUCAACCCCAGGAGGAUAUGCAUAUGGCGGGUCAUCCCAGCCGUUGCAAUCGAAUCCGGCCACUCCGGCGCAAAACCCUACAGGAGCGUAUUACUCGAGCACCGUAGAUGUUCAAAGCCAGCCGUAUGCUGCAACACCUGCUAGCCAAUAUCAGUAUAACCUCCCAGGUGCCUCUACUUUCCAGAGCCAAUACCCUGUCGCAGAUGCUGGUGCAUCAGCAUAUACAUAUCCACAAACAGGGUCUGCUCCUCCUGGACAACCUCCCUUGACGGAUCCAAAUCUCAACAUUGCCAGUUCGCCAUCUGUAGCCAAUGUUUCUUAUGGGUCCCAAUACCCAGACACGGGAGCGGCCGUCCCAAUCUCGCAAGGACAGCAGGACACGGCAGAGAGUGGUUAUGUGUACCCGGGCACUGCUGCCGCCUUACCUGGUCUACAGCCAAGUGUUCCCCCAACUGGCUACACAUAUCCCGGCACUGCUCCAACUUUAUCCGGACCACAGCAGGCUGUACCUGAGCAAGGUUACGGAUAUCCUGGCACUGCGGCUGCCUUGUCAGGGCCCCAGACAGGUGAACAUCUACUGGCGACUACAAAUGUGAUCACUCAGGAUCAGCAACAUCAACAGCAACAGCCCUUGGAGAACACUAGCGUCGAUAUCCAGCCGCCUCAUAUUCCUGCUCCGUCAGAUGGUGUCACUCAUCAGGUCAGCUCUAGGAUAGAAUCAACACUCCAGGAUGGGAAUGUUGCUAUUACUUCAGAUACGCCAGUUGUUGCUCCAAAGCCCAGUACCAGGAUCCAUGCCACCCUCCUUGAUCCUAGCCUAGCCGACAGCCCAGAAUCACCGCCUUCUGCUCCUCAAUCGAAUUCUAGAAUAGAGGCUGCACUUCAAGAACCGAUCUAUGCUCCUGGACCGAUCACUGCAGCCGCUGAAUCUCAGCCAAAUGCUAGAAUAAGUGACGCUCUUCAAGAAGAGCAGAAGCCCAACCCUGAUCCCAUAAUGACACCACCGACAGCACUGGAGAAUGGCUCUUCUGUUAGAGAACAACCCGCCACAUUGCCUCCACCUCAAACACAACAGACUGCCGAAAUAUUAGGCCCUUCCGUUUCUGCUGCUCCGGCUACCUUUUCGAUUAUGCCUUUGGGCGUGGAGGAAGUGAGACCUUUACAGGCAACCCAGUCUUUGCCACCCGCAACAGGAGAACAAACAUCAACCACCUCGCAAGAAACUCCAGGACCGGCACAGCAUCAUGUAUAUCCAGCUACCGCGGGGCCGGAACCUCUUGAUUUCUACGCUCCAGCGACUGUCCCUGGCCUCUCUCCAUAUGGACAAUUCAGCCCUGCCCCGCCUGUGGUUGAGCAGAACCCAAUGCCAAACCUGAAUGCCCCGGUGCAACCAACUCCUGUUGUCUCGGAGACAAUUCAGGACCAUGGGCUGCCGAAUUUACCCCCUGGUCCUCCGCCUGGCGCCCUGCCCGUCCAGGACUUCUACGCCCCUGCUAUGCCACCACCUCCUGGAGUAGGGCAGGCUUCCUUCUACGAAUUCCAGCCUCCUGCUCAACUUCCACCCCCUGGGCCUCCCGCAGAGGCACAGCCUGAGGCCUCUAGCUCUGGGGACAUAAGCUAUGUCAUCGAUGGCAUGGGUAAGCUGUCGGUCGUUAGGGGGACUGCUGUUGAGCCGUUCAGAGAUUUCCACAGCGCAGCCUAUACGAAAGACAGGACAUGGAUUGAGGAUGUCCCACGCCGGCUACCCCCUCAACUUUCCAAGGAUGGACAGCCAAACGAAGCCGUGUGGUUUUGUCCAGGCAAUACACACGAUAACGGCUACGUUGCGAACUGGUUUUACCUACCCAGCGCGCCUGAUUUCUUGAUCUGCACCCGGUGCUAUGCAACACAUCUAAAGAACACCAACUUGGCAUCUAGUUUUGAGAAGAAAAAGACGCACGGCGCGAGAUGCCGCUUUAACAUCCCCCGCAUAACCUCCGUACUCGUCCCGCAAUGUGUACAGACGGGAAGCGUUGAGCCCCUGGCAGAGUACAUGGCAAAGCGGAUUGGUAUCAAGGAUUGCGCUCUGAAGCAAGGGUUCACGGGAUCUGACGGGAUCAAGGUGUGGGUGAUCGGGAGAGAAACAAACGACAUCAUGAAGAACUUCAUUGCCUGCCAGGCAUGCUACGAGGAUCACGUUCUGGCAAGUAAUUAUGCUGGGGAAUUCAUUCCUAGGCAGGAGAAAUACCCCGAACCGCAGGCAGCGAGUUCGAAGUGGUUUUGCGACCUCAACGCCUUUGGUUAUUCGAGAAGGUCCUUUACCAUUUACUCGAGAAACAACGCCCCAUUCAUGGACUGGGCUACUAAAGCGACGAAAUUGUUCCAGCUUCCGGAUUGUGAAGCUGACCAGGGUGUGGAGUCAUCCAGUCGAGAAUGGGUUCGGCCAAAGGACCCAGUAGAGACGAUGGUCAUUUGUGAGAAAUGCUACUUUAAUGAGUUGUGCUGGACGACCCUAGAGGACGCUUUCGAAUACAUACCAAUAGAGAAGCCCGUCAGGGGUUCGGAGCGCAUGGAUUAUAUUUUCGGAAUCCGGGAAACCCAGGCAACAUCAUGGACAUGUGAUGCUCGUCUAUCUCAGAUGGAAAAUGUGCUGGCUGGAGCCCUCAUGCAACAGGACGCGGCUGUGUUCAGCAGAUGUGCUCGCACAGUCAUGUCGGGUCCCAAAUGCGUGCCCGAAGGUAUCGCCAAUGGGACCUGGUACACCCCCAAAGGCGGCCCGAGCAACUACAUGAUGUGCGCUGCCUGCUUCGCUGGGUUCUGCGACGCGUUCCUGGAAUGCGGCCACAUGUUCGAACUGAGCCCCCACAGCGGAUCUUCUGACACAAUCGUCUGCAGCUUCAACAGCGCCAGCCCACGGCGGUAUCAGUUCCUGUUUAGCAUGUACCAGGCGGCGCAGGAGGGCGUCUGGUCCAUUGCGCUGGACACGAUUCGGAACUAUAUCAACAUACCCGAGUGCCCGCGCAACAACCACGUCGCGAGUCGCAGAUGGUAUGGAUGGGGCGACUGUCUAAUCUGCCAAGACUGCUACCAGGAGGUGAUCAAGGACAUGAGGAAAGGUCUCCCAUUCGAGCUGGAGGAUCAGUUAGUGGCGGAGGAACGUAUGUGCUCCAUGUACUCCCCGCGCAUGCGUGAGAAGUUCAGUCUGGCAGUUGAGAAGGGCGAUUCUACGGAGCUUGUCGAAUACUCGCGGGUGCGCAUUCAGGUCUGGACACAGACCAUACCGCAGAUCAAGAUGCUGCGACAGAUGCAGGAGAUGCAGAUGAUGUCCGCCAUGUCAGCUGGCAUGGCCGGGCUAAUGUACCAGGGCGCAGGGGCCAUCCAGAGUAUUGGCGGAACGACUGACGGAUAUCUACAUGGUAACAGCAGUGUUGGAUGGCAUGACACGGAGAAUGGCGCAAUGAGUGGCCAGAAGUUUAAUGAGAUGAGCAGCGGGAUGAGUGCGGCGAACAGUGGAGGCAAUUGGGGGCAGAUCUUCAUGCUGCAGGCGCAAUGGGAGCGGUAUGAGUAG